AUGACUAGAAGGGUUGAAGCUGAAGUUGAUCCUCAAAAGCAGAUUGUUGAUGCUGAUAUUCUAGAUGUUGAUGCUACAAUGGAUCAACCCAUUCCUGACACUGGUGAUCAUUUAGAGACCCAUGACUAUGAAGGGUUACUUGAUCUUGGUUUCAUGCAACAAGCUGUUGUUCUUGCUGUUCCCUUAAAUGUUGUCUACGCUGGAUAUUACUUCGAGGUGGAAAUUUCUCAAGAGGGAGUAAAGUUGGCAAUUCAGCAGCUACUCAACAAAGUCAAGAAGUUGAACCUUGUGCCCUCAGCUGGUCCAUCUAGACCAUCAUCCUCAGGAAGAACAAGCGCUCCCCGACAGUCCAAUAAUACCAAGUUUCUUAUUCCUUAUGGAACUUGGUAUAUUAAUAAUGAAUUACCAGUGGGUGUUGAACCAGUCCAAUACCUGCUUAUUUCAGAAACCGGAGCAUAUGAUAUUUUAUCUUGA